UCAUCAUGUCGUCAGUUCCUUGUUAUGAACUUCAGCAUAGAUCUGACUGCUGCUUAUCACUGCUGCUGCUCCACAGCUCAUGCACAACUUUUGUCUGUUCAUUUCCAGCUCUUUCAAUUCAAACACUUGUGGUUCAGUCGCGACAUUUGUUUUCUAGCACAGAAUGGCAGUGGACUGGUUGGGCUUUGCCUAUGCUGCAGCUCUUGUUCUGGGCGGAUACAUGGGCUAUAAAAGAAAAGGAAGUGUGGUGUCGUUAAUUGCCGGACUCUUCUUUGGGAGUAUGUCUGCAUAUGGAGCAUAUAAAAUAUCAAAUGACCCACGUGAUUACUGGACCUCUCUGAUCGCUGCUGGUGUUCUGGCUGCUGUGAUGGGAAUGAGGUUCAGGAAGUCUGGAAAAUUAAUGCCUGCAGGCAUCAUGGCAGGACUGAGCUUCCUGAUGGUUUUGCGGCUUUUGAUCUUCUAAGGGUCCAUGGACAGACCGCACUUGGACCUUUCUCACAUCGUCGUCUGGAUAUUUGCAAUGUUCAUUUCAUCAAUUUUUAUCACCAAUUUGUAUCUUGUACAUUCCAAAUAAAUCUGUCCAUUUUA